CGCUAUAAAGCCCCGCACCGAGCCCCGCGCUCCGCCGCGCCUCUUACAUCGACCGCCUCAGCGUCGGGCUGUGAGACCGCCCCGGACCGACCGCCGCCAUGCGCGAGUGCAUCUCCAUCCACGUGGGCCAAGCGGGCGUGCAGAUCGGCAAUGCGUGCUGGGAGCUGUACUGCCUGGAGCACGGCAUCCAGCCCGACGGGCAGAUGCCCAGCGACAAGACCAUCGGCGGGGGGGACGACUCCUUCAACACGUUCUUCAGCGAGACGGGUGCCGGCAAGCACGUGCCCCGGGCCGUGUUCGUGGACCUGGAGCCCACGGUGAUCGACGAGGUGCGCACGGGGACGUACCGGCAGCUCUUCCACCCCGAGCAGCUGAUCACGGGCAAGGAGGAUGCGGCCAACAACUACGCCCGCGGGCACUACACCAUCGGGAAGGAGAUCAUCGACCUGGUCCUUGACCGCAUCCGCAAGCUGCGCGAGUGCAUCUCCAUCCACGUGGGCCAAGCGGGCGUGCAGAUCGGCAAUGCGUGCUGGGAGCUGUACUGCCUGGAGCACGGCAUCCAGCCCGACGGGCAGAUGCCCAGCGACAAGACCAUCGGCGGGGGGGACGACUCCUUCAACACGUUCUUCAGCGAGACGGGUGCCGGCAAGCACGUGCCCCGGGCCGUGUUCGUGGACCUGGAGCCCACGGUGAUCGACGAGGUGCGCACGGGGACGUACCGGCAGCUCUUCCACCCCGAGCAGCUGAUCACGGGCAAGGAGGAUGCGGCCAACAACUACGCCCGCGGGCACUACACCAUCGGGAAGGAGAUCAUCGACCUGGUCCUUGACCGCAUCCGCAAGCUGGCCUGGGCCCGCCUGGACCACAAGUUUGACCUGAUGUACGCCAAGCGGGCGUUCGUGCACUGGUACGUGGGGGAGGGCAUGGAGGAAGGGGAGUUCUCGGAGGCCCGUGAGGAUAUGGCUGCCCUGGAGAAGGAUUAUGAGGAGGUGGGGGUGGAUUCUGUUGAAGGAGAGGGAGAGGAGGAAGGGGAGGAAUACUAA